AUGCCCUCCAAAUCCUCCCGUCAAUCAACUCCUCCCCGCAAGAGCUCUUGCGGCUGUUGCUGUUUCUCCAUGCGCAAGCUCGGUUUCCUCGCAGCCUUCGUGGCCAUCUUUGCCGCGCUGUACAGCUACCUCGAUGCGCGUGUUGAGCAGUUCUAUAUCUUUGACCCGGAGCAUCUACAUGAUCUGUCCCAGCGUGCUGUCCAGACCCAUGGCAACGACACCCGCGCGAUGGUCGACUACAUCGUCGCCGAAUUGGACCAGAAGAUCCCCGGCAACCACAUCAACAAGAACGAGGAAUGGAUGUUCAAUAACGCUGGCGGUGCGAUGGGCGCCAUGUAUAUCAUCCAUGCCAGUAUUACCGAAUAUCUGAUCAUUUUCGGCACCGCUGUCGGCACUGAGGGCCAUACCGGCCGUCACACCGCGGACGACUACUUCAACAUCCUCCAGGGAACCCAGCUCGCCUACGUCCCCGGCACCUACGAGCCCGAAGUCUACCCUGCCGGCACUGUCCACCACCUCCGCCGCGGAGAUGUCAAGCAAUACAAGAUGCCUGAGGCUUGCUUCGCCCUUGAGUACGCGCGCGGCUGGAUCCCUCCCAUGCUGUUCUUUGGCUACGCCGAUACUUUCUUCAGCACCCUCGAUUUCCCGACUCUGUGGACCACUACACGGGUUACCGGUCGCGAGAUGAUCCAGAAUCUGUUGCGCUGGAAGCUGUAA